AUGGCUGCCCCAGGUCAGGUUGGAGGAUAUAGUGACCCCAAGGUUGGUGCAAACACGAACUCUGAAGAGGUAGAGUGCCUGUGUAACCACCUGACUGCCUUCGGGGCUGAUUUUGCAGUCGCCCCGAACUCCAUCAACUUCUCGACGGUGUUCGCUAAGUUCGGACAACUGGACGAGAACCCUGUGGUCUUCUCGUUCGUCAUCUCUACUCUUGUUCUCUACUUCGCACUGCUAGUCUGGGCCAGAAGAAAAGACAAAUCUGACCUGAAAAACUGGGCAGUGUCGCCUGUCGAAGGUAACCGACCAGGAGACACCUGUGGUUACCUUGUGAACAUCACCACCGGACAGCGUCUGGGCGCGGGGACGGCGUCAAACGUCGGCGUCAUCAUAUACGGCACGGAGGGCGAGACAGGCGCUCGAAGACUCAGGGAUGCAAACAAGAAAGUUUUCAGCAGAGGUCACAUUAACAGUUUCCUCCUGACGACCCCGCGGCCGUUAGGAAGCUUGACACAUCUCAACAUCUGGCACGACAACUCCGGGAAGGGGUCGGGGGCCGGCUGGUUCCUGGACAAUGUAGUGGUGAAAGAUCUGCAAGCCAAUCAGACAUUCUACUUCCAGUGUAACCAGUGGCUGGCGGUUGAUCAGGAUGACGGUCGGGUCAGCAGAGUUCUACCGGUCGACGGUUGGGAGCAGAUAACGGACUUUCAAAACCUGUUUAACAAGAGCGCCCUGCGGCAGUUAUUUGACGGCCACCUGUGGUUCUCCGUGGCGUGUCGGCCGAACAGGAGUAACUUCAGCCGUGUACAGCGGCUGUCCUGCUGCCUCACCCUGCUGUUCUGUACCAUGGUCACCAACGCCAUGUUCUACAGAACAGACUCCACAGUCAAGGACCCAGGAAGGCUUUCCAUUGGGCCAUUGAAACUGUCCUUGUACGAGCUGUACGUCAGCGUGGUGUCUAGUGUCAUCACCCUGCCGGCCACCUUAGCAGUAGUGGAGCUGUUCAGGCGCAGCAAGCCGAAACAAGUAGGCAAGGGCUCUAGAAGGAACAGCCAUGUAAAGGUUAUUCACUGGAAAGUCGAUCAGGCAAAAAAGCAGCAAUACAAGCCUCCGCCACCACAACAAGCCAAGGGCCUGCCGCACUUCUGUGUGUACAUCGCCUGGUGCCUGGUGUUCCUGACCGUGACAGCCUCGGGAUUCUUCACGAUCCUCUACGGACUCGAGUGGGGGAGGGAGAAGUCUCUGGACUGGCUGUCGUCUAUUCUGCUGGGGAUGAUCGAGUCAGUGCUCUUCGUACAGCCCAUCAAGAUCUUGGUACUGGCCUGCUUGCUGUCAGCCAUAUUCAGACGCCCUGAAAACGACAUCAGUGUUCCUGAUCUAUCCACCGUAAAAUCAGUGGACCCACCUAACAAAGAGACCGACGAUGGAGAGGAACCCGAAGCGGUAACACCUCCCAGUCCCCCCACCGAAGACGAACUCCGCCGGGCACGGUUGAAGCGGGAGAAGGACGAGCGGAUGAACAAAGCGCAGAAGGAGAUUCUCGUCUACACCUUCUUCCUACUGGCGCUUACCGUGGUCUCUAAUGACGUCACGGACACGCAUGCGUACCACCUGGUACAGUCAAUCAACAAUGCGUUUGUGGAGAGCUCGGUGUUCGCACUCACAGAUGUGCGCACAGAUGAGGCCUUUUACACCUGGGCAAACCUAACUCUAGUCCCAAACCUGUACCGCGACACCUGGUACAAUAGUGACGAGAGGCUACCAUGGCGCGAGCGGAAGUUUCUCCUCGACUUACAGAACUUUCGUAUCGGGCCAGCUCGCCUCCGCCAGACACGGAAGGCAAAGUCGGGAGAAGUCAGCAUCGAAGAUCUGGCCAAGAAAGCUAGCGACUUCUUAGCAGACUUUGACAACAUCUGGGCAGAGGUUUCAAAGAUGUUCUCGGGUGGCGGCGAGAUUAACUUGGAUAACAAUGAGCUGUGGUCUGACUCGGACUUGGCUCUUCCAGUCGCGAAGUCCUACGACCCGUCCUCCGUUAUCCUUGGUGCUAACCUGGAGUCAGCUAAACGUGUGGUGAAAGCGUUGGAGGAGAACCAGUGGGUCAAAGAAACAACACACAUCAUCACGGCAGACUUCUCCACCUACAACCCAGGCGUCAACCUCUUCGCGACCACCGAGAUCAACAUUGAGUUCCUGGAAACGGGAGGUCUGGGUGUUAGGAGCACGACGCGGACAUUUAGACUGUACAACUACCAGGGAAGCACGAUGGUUUUCAUCGUCAUCUGCCAACUUGUCUCCAUUGCGUUUAUACUGUAUUUCCUCGUGGUGGAAAUACUGGAGAUGAAGAAUGAAAAGAUUCUGUACUUCUUUGAGGUGUGGAACUACAUAGAACUGUCCAUCAUCGGACUGGGGAUCGCCACAAUCGCCGUGUACUCCAUCAGAAAAGUUCGGGCAGAUAGCAUCCUGAGGCAGUACCAGCUUGCACCCAGAGACUACGUGGACUUCGAACCUGUGCUGCUGCUCGACAACAUGCUGGUUGGAGUCCUGUCAGCCCUCAUGUUCGUGGCCACGCUGCGCAUGCUCCGCCUGGUGAGGCACAACAGGCAGGUGUCCCUGGCCAGUCGGGCGAUCUCCCGGGCGGCGACGGGGAUCAUGUCCUUCUCUGUGCAGCUGUUCAUCGCCUUCUGCGCGUUCGCCGUCCCAUCCACCCUGCUGUUCGGGCUGGUGUCAGAGUGGUACAGGAACAUCAUGAUGGCGUCCCUGCGGAUGCUGACUUUGUCCUUCGGCUUCAUGGACUUCAGCGACAUGCGGUUCGAGGGGACGCGGGGGGUUCUGGGACGUAUAUUCCUGGCGUUGUUCCUGGUGACCAUGUUCCUCAUCAUGAUGAACAUGUUCCUGGCUAUUCUGGCGGACGCGAUUACCGAGGCAAAGAAAGAGGUGCAGGAUGAUGACGACUUAGUGCUCUAUCUUUGGGAGAAGUUUAAGACGAGCUUUGGUCUGGCCAACGAGACAGACAAGAAAGAACAUGAAGAAGCAGGGGACAAAAAUACAGGAACCGCAGAUUCUGAAGCUCAAGGGCAAGACGACGGAAAUGACACCGCGCACACCAAGAAGGAGCAAGGAAGAAACAAGCAGUGUCAAAUCAAGGACGUGCAAAAAACAAAAGACGUCACUUCAAUGACGUUGGAGGCUAAGUCACGCAAAUAUGCAAGGGAGACAAAAGACCACAAGGAUCGACCGCUUUCUGAGUCCUGGGCCUCCCUGAAUGACAGACUGGAUAAGAUGUCCAUGUACAUUGACGACAUGGUGUGGAGUCUCUGGAUCUUUGUCACAAGGGCGCAGGAAUUCCUGCAGGACGUUCAAGAGCAAGACGAAGUGUCUCCGCCAGUCUCUCCCCGUGUCGAGCCCAUUCUUGAAGCCGAUGAAGAACACGGUGAAUCCCGUAGCGAGCUGCACGUUGAGAACCGCCGGAGCCGGAGUUCAUCAACCUCGUCAUGCCUAAGUGCAGGCAGCCGCAGAACCAGCGUGGUGUCCUCGUCCAAAGUCGCCCCUGACUUACGCCGAGAUUCUGGGUUCGCCAGUCUGAACGUCCCGUUGCCAGGUUUAGGCGAUGAUGAUAAUGAUGAUGAUGAUUACGUGGCUGCAUCAAAGUUCAAGCGUGGUUCUGGGUACGAUCUGGGAGAGGAUUGGACCUAG